CGGCAGCCACGGAGCGGCGCAGGAGUGUGUGUGUGUGUGUGUGUGUGUGUGUGUGUGCGGGGCGGCUCCACUUUCAAACACAGCGCCCAUCUUUAACACAACACAACAUAACCGGACAGACCCCGUCCCGUAGCGAGAUACUGCCGUUCAUGUGUGACGUGUAAUGAGGAAAGACAACAGAGAGAGGAAGGAAGUGUAACAUGAUCGAAACAAUGGAUACCCAGCGUUGUCUGCAGGCCGUGGAGAGGUUACAGUCUCGCUUGAAAGAAAAGGGAGCAGACGUUCCUGCCGAGGAGAAGCUGAAUCUUCUGAAGGCGGUUCUGCAGAGUCCUCUGUUUCACCAGAUCCUCGCGCUGCAGAAAUCAGUGCAGCACCUGAAGGAGCAUACUCCAUAUAUUAACCCUGAUCUGAAGGACAGCGAUGAAGGAUUCUCAGCUCAGCUCAAUGGACAACCUUCAUCUGAAGAGUACAAACACAUCAUCCGCUCCAUGGCUCAGGGUCGGUACGUGACUCAAAUCGACCUGCUGAAGCCGGUAUCAGGUGGUUUGGGCUUCAGUGUUGUUGGCUUGUGUAGUGAGAACCGUGGAGAACUUGGCAUCUUCAUUCAGGAGAUACAAGCUGGAAGUGUGGCAUACAGUGAUGGAAAACUAAAGGAGGGAGAUCAGAUACUGGCGAUUAACGGUCAGCCGUUGGAUCAGAGCGUCAGUCACCAGCAGGCCAUCGUUCUCCUGCAGCGAGCGUCGGACUGCGUGAGCCUCACUGUCGCCCGCGGACCCGUCCCACAGCUCUCCAGCCCCGUGGUGUCCAGGACUCCCAGUGCUGCCAGCACACUUUCAGCUCACUCCAGUGCGGCCCACUGGACUCAUGUGGAGACGAUCGAGUUGGUGAACGAUGGAACUGGUUUGGGCUUCGGGAUUGUUGGCGGUAAAACCACCGGCGUUAUUGUCAAAACGAUCCUACCUGGAGGCAUCGCUGACCAGGACGGUCGCUUGCGAAGUGGGGAUCACGUCCUGCGUAUCGGUGAUACAGAUCUGUUUGGUCUGAGCAGUGAGCAGGUUGCUCAAGUUUUGAAACAAUGUGGAAAUAGAGUCCGACUCCUCAUCAGCCGCGGGACAGCGGAUGAUGCUCCUUCCACUCCUGUCACCCUGCCAACCGUCACCGAGCAACAGGGUUUCGAGGAAGAGGAGCAGGACUCUUUCGAUGUGAGCUUGACGAAAAACGCUCAGGGGUUAGGCAUCACCAUCGCGGGGUAUGUGGGUGACAAAACCUCAGAACCCUCUGGAAUAUUCGUGAAGAGCAUUUCGAGGGACAGCGCGGUGGAGCAAGACGGCCGAAUUCAUGUUGGGGAUCAGAUCAUAGCUGUAGACGGUUUGAACAUCCAGGGUUACACUAACCAGCAGGCUGUGGAGGUCCUGAGACACACGGGUGAGACGGUAAACCUGAAGCUCGUCCGCCGUGGCUUUAACCUGGAGGACGUGUGCCCGUCAAUCACACCUGUCGCCAUGGAGACCACACCCAUCCUCAGCGCAUCACGAAACUCAACAAUGGAGCGAACGAACACCGAGCACGAUGAGAGAGUGUUUCUCACUCCAGAGGAAAAGGCCAAACCUCAGUCUGUCACUGCUUCACCCGUCAGAGCUCCAGACAGACGCGCCGGUCCUGUGGAGGAGCACACACUAAUGCAGAAGUGGCAGAACGAGCUCGGCGUCUGCACUGAAGUGAUUGUGGCUCAAGUGGAGAAGUUCAGUGAGAACAGUGGUUUAGGGAUCAGUCUGGACGUGUGUGCUGACCGUCACAUCCUCCGCUCAGUGCUUCCUGAGGGUCCGGUCGGCCGAUCGGGAAAAAUCUGUAGUGGAGACGAACUGCUAGAGGUGAAUGGCAUUCCCCUCAGAGGAGAGACUCAUAAAGAGGUUGUUGACAUUCUGAAAGAACUUCCUGUUUCUGUGACCAUGGUCUGCUGUAGACCCGCCCCUUUAAUGAUUGACAGCCAAUCUGACCAACCACAGCCAGAGGAUGUGGCCACUGAUUCCAUUGUUCAGGUACCGGUUGAGUUUGAGGAUUUCCUUGUCUCUGGCGAACCAGAAGACAGCCUGAAAAGUCAUGUGACUGAAGAGCCCACCGGAACGCCGUUAGCGAUGUGGGAAACGGAGAUACAGGACAUUGAACUAGAGAAAGGAGAGAGCGGACUGGGCUUCAGCAUUCUGGAUUAUCAGGACCCAAUGGACCCCCUCAAGACGGUGAUUGUGAUUAGAUCGUUAGUUCCCGAUGGCGUAGCGGAGCGAGACGGACGAUUGUUGCCAGGAGACCGUCUCAUGUAUGUCAACAACAUCAACCUGGAGAGUGCCAGUUUGGAGGAAGCAGUGCAGGCUCUGAAGGGAGCGAACAUGGGCGCCGUAAGCAUCGGUGUGGCCAAACCACUGCCCACUGAGGAUGAGGAUGGCUCUUCCUCCUUCAUCUUCUCGGCUCUGCUGCUGACGAAGGGCUGUGAUGGUGAUGAGGAGGAUGAAGCUGUGUUCCGCGCUGAACCUGCAGUGAUCGACUCUAGUGAUUUAGACCUGUCUGAUGAAAAGGCAUUUGAUCCUCAUUUUCUGGAGGAGGAUGAGAUGCUGCAGUCGAUGAUUGCUGAGCACGGCAGCAUCUGCAGCGCUGAUCUGACCUUUCAGAAGAACACACCGAAGAAGGAGGAUUUGCUUCCAGAUGAACCCUCAGAUGAGGCCCAGCAGCUAAACGCCGUGGCGGGGAGCAGCUUUGAGAGGACCAUCACUGUGGUCAAGGGCAACUCCAGUCUAGGCAUGACGGUGUGUGCGCUGAAGGACGGGCCGGGGAUGCUGAUCCGCAGCAUCAUUCACGGCGGCUCCAUCAGCAGAGAUGGGCGUCUCGGGGUCGGGGACCUGAUUCUGGCCAUCAACGGAGAACCAACGGGAAACCUGACAAACGCUCAGGCGCGAGCCAUGCUGCGCAGACACUCUCUGAUCGGACCAGACCUGGGAUCCACAGGUGCUGCGGGGGAAGAGCUGAGCCCCGUCUCUGUAAUCACGUAUGUUCCUGCAGAAUAUUUAGAGGAAUACUGGGCGAGCCAGCAGCUCCAGAGUGAAGAUCUCUCUGAUGGCAAAAACGACUCUCAACAUCAGACAGUCUCAGAUCUUCCAGAGAGAGAAGAUGGAGAAGGACAGGAGAGUGAACGACAGACAACAGCUUCCAACAGCUGGAAUCUACCACGGAGAGUGGAGUUGCACAGGGAAGCUGGGAAAUCUCUGGGCAUCAGUAUUGUUGGUGGGCGGGGCAUGGGCAGUCGCCUUAGCAAUGGGGAAGUGAUGAGGGGCAUCUUUAUUAAACACGUCCUGGAGGACAGUCCGGCGGGACGCAAUGGCACACUGAAGACAGGAGACAGGAUUUUAGAGGUGGGCGGAGCGGAUCUGCGUGAUGCCAGUCAUGAGCAGGCGGUGGAGGCCAUCCGUAACGCUGGAAACCCCGUGGUGUUCCUGGUGCAGAGCAUCAUUCACAGAGACAGAAAACCUCCAGUAGCCCAGCUACAGCUGAAGCGCUCAGAGCAACCCCUCCAUCCUUACCCCAAACCCUGCUUUACAUACAAACCACUGCAGACAUCUGCGCUGGAUGCACUAGAGGACAUCUCAGCCUUCGAUCUGAAGAGCAGCAGUGAGAAGGCCGUUGACACUCACAGUAGACCUUUCCUCCGUCUAUGUCCGACUAAUCCUUUCACUCCUACACCGUUUAAGCUGAAUCGAGAGGAGGGAAAAAGCUUCCUGUCGACACCCGUCCUGUCACUGCCUGUCGUUCCACAUGUCGGGGAAACCGAUUCGGACACGCUGACGGAGAUUCCCGACAGACUCGUUCUUCAUAAUGACGGUCCUGAUGAGGAAGAGGAGGAUGAGUACGGAUACAGCUGGAAGAAGGUAACAGAGCGGUACGGUCGUUUACCGGGUCAGCUGCACAUGAUUGAGUUGGAGAAGGGUUGCACUGGUCUGGGUUUGAGUCUGGCAGGGAACCGGGAUCGUUCACGCAUGAGUGUGUUUGUGGUGGGCAUCGAUCCCAACGGCGCCGCCGGCCGAGACGGACACAUUGUGGUGGGAGAUGAACUGUUAGAGAUAAACUGUCAGGUUCUGUACGGCCGCAGUCAUCAGAACGCCUCUGCCAUCAUUAAAAGCGCACCUUCAAAGGUCAAGAUCAUCUUCAUCCGGAACAGAGAUGCUUUGAGUCAGAUGGCUGUCGGGCCGAUGAAGGAGACGGACUCACUGGACGCACACACUGAGACUGAGACGGCCCGCUCAACACUAGAUGGGAUCCAGCACGUGACUCUUCCUGUGGAGGAUGACAGCAGGAGCGGACGCAUCAUUCAGAGUCUGGAGGAGAACGGAGCGGCUGGAACGGACGGGCAGACUGCUGCAGGACACCGGCUGCUCUCAGUGGAUGAUGAGAUGGUGCUGGGACUCUCUGUGGAAAAGGUGAUGUCACUGCUGCAGAAAGGCCAGCAAUCCGUCAAACUCAGCAUCUGCACUGACUCCGCCUCCAAACCCUCCUCGUCCAAUCAGAUUUGCUCGGGAUCAGACAUGGGAAGCAGCCUGCCGCUGGUUUCUCUGACAUCAUCAGAGACAGAGCCAAUCAGGACUUCGAGCAGAUGCUCCACACCGGCGACACUGGCAUCUGAUCCGGCCACGUGUCCCAUCAUCCCCGGCUGUGAGACCACUAUAGAGAUCUGCAAGGGCAGAACAGGACUGGGGCUGAGCAUCGUGGGCGGCUGCGACACGCUUCUGGGCACUAUAAUAAUUCACGAGGUGUACGAGGAGGGAGCCGCAUCUAAAGACGGCCGUCUGUGGGCAGGAGACCAGAUUCUGGAGGUGAGCGGUGUGGAUCUGCGUGUGGCGACGCACGACGAGGCCAUCAAUGUUUUGCGGCAGACUCCGCAGUGUGUUCGUCUGACGGUCUUCAGAGACGAGGGUCAGUAUAAAGAGGAGGAGCUGUGGGACUCUCUGAGUGUCGAACUUCAGAAGAAACCAGGCCACGGACUCGGACUCAGCAUCAUCGGGAGAAGGAGCGACACAGGGGUGUUCGUCUCGGACAUUGUGAAGGGUGGAGCGGUGGAGACGGAUGGACGGCUGAUGCAGGGAGAUCAGAUCCUCUCGGUUAACGGCGAGGAUGUUCGUUCAGCCACACAAGAGUACGUGGCCGCGCUGCUCAAGAGUUGUGCUGGACCAAUCAGAUUGGAGGUGGGCCGUUUUAAGGCGGGGCCAUUCCACUCGGAGCGCCGUCUGUCUCAGAGCAGUCAGACCAGCGAGACGGACAGCGGGAAGGUCACUCCUCUCUCCAGCUCUGCAGCUUUACAGGGAGACACCGAGAAAACACACGAGUUGCUGGAUAGAGACGUCAGGACGGUGGAAUUCACAAAGGGCCCGUCAGACUCUCUGGGCAUCAGUAUAGCUGGAGGAGUCGGCAGUCCUCUGGGUGAUGUGCCUAUAUUCAUCGCCAUGAUGAACCCCAGCGGCUUGGCAGCUCAGACGCAGAAACUUUGGAUUGGAGACAGGAUUGUGUCUAUCUGUGGAGACUCGACUGAGGGAAUGUCUCACAAUAAAGCUGUUUCACUGCUGAAGAACACGACAGGAAUCAUUCAGCUACAGGUGGUUGCUGGCGAUACAACAGUGACUGGACCGUCAGCAGAGCAGACAGCAGGACUCUCAGCCAGCAGCAUUUUCCACGAUGACCUGGGUCCUCCGCAGUGUAAGAGCAUCAGUUUGGAGCGAGGGCCUGACGGACUGGGCUUCAGUAUCGUGGGUGGAUUCGGCAGUCCUCACGGUGACCUUCCCAUCUACGUCAAAACCGUCUUCAGCAAGGGGGCCGCGGCGGAGGACGGGCGUCUGAAACGCGGGGAUCAAAUCAUCGCUGUUAACGGCCAGAGUCUGGACGGAGUCACUCAUGAGGAGGCCGUCUGUAUCCUGAAGAAAACCAAAGGAGCCGUCACACUCACUGUGCUGUCAUGAACACCCACACACACACACACAGGUCCUGUAGAUGUUUCAGACACUACAAAUGAGAGCAUUGUUUACUGCUAGUUUGUGGAGGAUCCAGCAGACUGCUACAAUCUGCCGUACUACGUUGAGAAUGCAGAAACGAUCCACACACACACGUAUUUGUCCUUUAAAAUGCUGAAAGUGCACACAGCUGUGUGACACAACCCGUAAUAAUGUACUUUCCCAUCAUUUCAGAAUUAGAAAAUGCACAAAUAUCUCUUUCCUGUUGCGUUAAAAAACUGGGUGAGCUCCAUUGGUUUCCAUGCAAUUUGCCAAAAAUCAACUGUGCAAAACAUUUUUUAAAACAUUAUUUCUAUUGUGUUAAGGGUCAGUUUGUCCAAAAUAUAUACAUUUUCUCAUGUCUGCGUGCAGUUGAACACUUGCAAAUAAUUCCAAGUAUAAAUAGUAAAAAAAAUAUAUUGUAUUUAGUGCACUAAUUAUUGCUAUUUGUACUUUGCAUUUUUUGGUUUUGUAAUUUGGGUAACACUUUACUCUAAGGUUCCAUUAGUUCAUGUAUUAGCUAACAUAAACAAACAAUGUACAAUACAUUUAUUACAGUAUUUAUUCAUUUUUGUUAAUGUUAGGUAAUGAAAAUACAGUCGUUCAUUAUUAAUUCACAGUGCAUUAACUACUGUUAUCAACUUUUGAUUUUAAUAAUGCAUUAGUAAAUGAUGAAUUUAACCAUCUAAGAUGAAUAAAUGCUGUUGAUUGUUCAUGUGUAGUUUAUGUUAACUAGAGUAGUUAACUAAUGAACCCGAUUGUAAAGUGUUGCCAUAAUUUUGUACUUUUAUUCACAAACUCAACUAUAGUAAAAAAAAAAAGUGAAUUUUCCUUGAGCAAUUCAGAAGACAAAUCUUCAAUUUUGACUAAACUCAAGAGUUGUAUAUUUCAUACAUUUAAAUAUAUUUUAGUGUUUGACAUGCUUUAACAAAGAUUUUCUGUUUUUUGACUGAGAUUUUUGGCAAACUGCAGGAAACCAGCGAGGCUCAUAUUGACCUGCCUUUCCAAAACUCAGCUGUGUGUCAAACGUUUGCAUGCACAUCCAUGUCCCUUAAUAAGGGAAAAUGUACAAAAUUUCAACACGAAAUAAACAGUUUAACCCAAGACACAACAGAAAGGUUAAAAACUCACCAUCAGUGGUGUUCGGAGGGAAUAAAUCAAUGACAUUUUGUGUAGUUAGUCAUGGGGGAAAAAAAACUUAUUGAAUAGUCUAUUGUCUAUAGCAGCAGUGGGCAAAGAGCAAAAAUACAGAGCACCUUACGAUUGAAGGAUCUCAAUUUUACACACCACUGUUAGGAAAGAAAAUGUAAAAAUUAUAUAUAUAUAAAAAAAU